GCAUGACCGAACGUCACAUUAAAGUCUGGAUUUUAUGGAAUCAAAGCUAGGACAGUGAAUACGUACUUCUUUUCAAUUUUCUGUCUUUUUUUGUUAAUUUUUGAUUUCAAAUGAGUGAGAAUAACUCGGUUAGUGAUGAGAGCUAUUCAGAUGACGACGACGAUGAAGAACUGGAUCCAAGAAUACAGGAUGAGUUAGAGAAGCUGAAUGCUGCGACAAAUUCCAUAAAUCAUCUGGAAGCAGAGCUUGACGAGGCACGUGCAGUAUUCCGCCAGACGUUAGCUGGUGCAACUUACCAGUUGAAUGGCGUCGCUCAUAAACUUGGAAAAUGUGUUGAGAAGUCGAGGCCAUUCUAUGAGGCUUACAGACAGCUACGCCAGUCACACAGUAUGCUUCAAAAGUCAACGAAUCAGUUUGAGCGGGCUACUGGUAUGCACAUUGCAGCAAAGAACAGGGUUUCCGAGGCAGAGAGGAGGGUGUUUGGUGGAGGUGCAAAGAGAACUUUUGAUUCUGCUCUACAAAAAAUGCUUAAUGAAGCAACAAUAGAGGUUAAUGAGGCAGAAAAGUUGAAAAGAGACAGUUGGAAGAAGCAUCAGGAAGAUUUACUUGCUUACAGAGACUUGGAGGCAAAAGUUAAACAGUUGUACAAGAAGCUGAAAAGUCCUGUAGAAAAAGCUAAACCAUAUUUUGAACAGAAAAAGGAAUUUGACCGGCAUCUUUGGCAACUUAAGCUGAGGGUUGACUCGAUUCAUUUGGGUCUUUCUGGCGCCAAGGAGAACUAUUCAGCCUGUUUAAAGUCACUAGAGGUGAUCAGUGAUGACAUCCACGAGAAACGCAAGAGUAAGAGAAUGGAAGCAAUGAUAGCAAAGCUACAAGAAAGAGAAGCUGGUGUGGGUGCAGACUCCUCAACAGAAGACGAAACUUCUCUCACGGCGAGUAACUUAGAUUUAGACUUCGAUAGCAAUGUAAAUUUCGAUAAAUUUGCUGGAAAUGGAGACAGUAUGUCGUUUCAAGGACAGAUGGUUGGAAUGACAGAUAGGGCGGUAGGAGGAUGUGAACAUGCUGCCAAUACGAAUAGUAGCUUUCCUUCUGUUCCGCUGGAAAAUAGAGUUGUUUAUGGGCUGGAGUCACCUGAGGAUGCUGCUAGACUGGGGUCUCCAGAAAAGGAAGCUGAACCAGGAAAAAGUAACUCGCACUUGGCAGACAGGGAAUCAUCGCUGGCAGAGCCAACUCACUCAGAAUCUGCGGUAAAUACUGAAGCUGGACCAACUUCAUCUUCAGAAAAUAUGGUGUCUUUAAAUGAACAAACGUCAGAGAUGGAUGCACCGGGCAUUGCAAAUGUGACUACAAAUUUAUCUCUUGAAGCAAGCAUUUCUACUUUGGACAACGAAACAGCACAUGAGGAAAACUGUGCGAAAGAUGAAGAAACCACGAGUGAUGAUUUCUGUGUUACUAUAACGGUUGACGAGAUGGGGUCUUCAGAUACGAUGAAAGGUGAAGACAGUGCACCAGCGAUUAACGAAAGUUUGACUACUCAAAUAGAAGCUGAGAACAAGCAAAAAGCUUCACUAGUCGAAGAAUCCGAACUGUUUGAGAAUCAAGAAACACAAAGUGAAAGCCAUGAAACACAAAACGAGAAAACGAACAAAACAGAUAAUGCAAAGAACGAAAGCCAGAAUGAUAUAGAAGGACGUCAGAUACUAGUAACAAACGAGGAAACAGGCUGCAACUCCGAACAGUCUGUAAAAGAAGACGAAGAUCACGUCAAGAACGUUACUGAUAACAGUGGUUGUGCUACAGAAAGUGUUACAGAACAAACAGAAAAACAUGAAACAAGCUGCGAAUCAGAAUCAAAUGACAAUGCUGAACAAGACAAAGAGCCCUCGAAGGAAGAUGAGGAUAAUACUAAAGAUGUAACAGAAGAAAAUGAAAUAAAUGGAAAUGUUGAAGAAAAAGAAGUCACAGACGACGAUACUGGAGCAAUUGCAGAGAAUAUAACAGAAGUAAAAGAAAGCGACACUCAAUUAAAAGAAAACGUCGAACAAGGUAAAGAGCCCACGAACGAAGAUAAUGCUGAAAAUAUUACAAACGAAAAAGAAAUAAUUGAAAAUGUUGAAGACAAAGAAGUCACAAAUGAUAAUACUGGAGGAAAUGCAGAGAAUACAACAGAAGUAAAAGAAAGCGACUCUGAAUUAAAAGAAAACGUCGAACAAGAAAAACGAGUCUCUAGCGACCAGGCGUAACUGAACUGCUAGAUUACCGUAUCUACCUUCCACUGUCAAAAGCCAUCGAGAAUGACCUUUUUGGUGCUUUAAUGAGAUGGUUUUUGCUUGACAUGGUUUUACCUAGAUCGUGGUGUGGUGAUUCUUGUGUAGCUAUAAACUCUUGCUUACGACAUCAGUGCUGUCUCACUGCAAAAGGAUUUAUAAACAUUUUUGUUAUUGUUGCCUAACACGCUUCAAGCCGGUGGCAGUUCCACAAGAACGUGCUAAAGCAGUUUGUAUCCACGAUUGUUUUAUUUUUAUUUUAUUUUUUUGUGAUGUAAUGGUACUCCCCUGAUUCUUUCUUCUUAGUACUCUUUUGCUGCCAUGGCAUACAUUGAUUCCUAAGUAUACAUUGACUCCGUUUGGUGUCGUGUGCCUAUGACCUAUCUACCAUCAAAGAGAUUUGAACAGAGAAGAGUUGCUUCAUGUGUCGUCCCACUGGAGACUAAUGUUGUCGUUCUUUGGUAUUGAUGGAUUUGGAGACACGAUUCGUAGUCAACUGCACUUGUUAACGUUGAGUCAAAGCCUGGGUUAAGUUUGCAUUGCAGUGCAUUUUGGGGCUGUUUUGGGGACGCCAUCUUGGAAAUAUGUCUCCUGAAACAGUCCCAACUCGACCCAGUUUUUCUCAUCCUCGGAAUGGACAAUGUCCUUGCAUCUCAACAUCACGAUAAAAGAAUCCUUGCUAAUUGCUGUGGGCGGCUCAAGUCAUUGAUAUAACGAUUUUUUUGUAAACUACCCUUGUUCCACAAACUCUGAGGAAGGCUAUAAUGUUGAGCAAAAUCUCAGUGUCAAGGCCUCUAGUUACACUGAUCCGACGUGAAACUCGCUCUCUCUAACAUGACGCCUGACUAUGAAUGCAACCGAGCAAUCAGACAAAUUUGAUAUUAUUUUACGUCUCUGAAUGGUUUUUUCCUGCCUCUGGAACCAGGGUAGAUAAUUCGCUUUACACUAAGCAGUAAUAAUAUUUUAAAAAUUACCGUAUGACUAAAAAAAAUUGAAUUUUGUUCAGCUUUUAUGCCCGUGCCAAACAAACUCGCAAAAUGGAACGAAUAGACCGUUUUCUCAAGGUUGCGUGCGCAUCCAACGUGACGGAUCACAAAACUGAAAAACGCAAAUUCAGUCAAAUUGAGAAGCCAGUUUUAUAUUUAAAAAAGAGAAUAACCAAUUUUAUGA